AGAAAGAAAGAAGAAGAAGUCUGGUGGAGAGAAAUCAUGGAGAUCCUGGACAGUAGUGAAUCGUUUUUACACUGGGACAGGAACCUGAGCGAGCUGUCUGAAGCCGGAGAGAUCGACUGUGUGCUCUACACCAAUCACUUCUCCGAGUUCCUGGACGACCUUUCCCAGGAUGCUUUGCUCGGCCAGCUUCUCAGCGACCCCUUCCUAUCCGGGGUGAGAGGGGGCAUGGAGGAGGCUAUGGAGGGCGAGGACGGCAGCGACCUGUCUCCGUCUUCACCUCUGCCUCCUCACAUCACCGCCGAGCACAGCUACUCUCUGUGCGGUGACAGCAGGCCGCAGUCGCCCCUGUCGCACCUGACCGGAGAGCAAGGCAGUGACGCAGAAUCCGACGGGGAUUCAUCCGAGUGGCCCAUGGAGCAGGAUGAGGCCAUGGACAGCCUCCUGUGUGAGACUCCAUCUCUCCUUCCCACCCUGUCCCUCUCUCUGGCCCCCAGCGAGGGGUCCCAAUCAACUGAGGGCCCCGCUGUGAGCCCUGCCCCCGCCGCUACCACCACCGCCGCCGCCGCCGCCGUUGUCACCGCCGCUGCCUCCCCAGCUCAGACUACAGUCAGCAGUCACAACAAUAAAGGCAUCAAGAUAAAGGAGGAGAAUAUAAUCCCUCAGAUUAAACUGGAACCUCAUGAAGUGGACCAGUUUCUUAAUCUGUCACCCAAAGGUCUGGAGUCUCUGCAGAUGCCUCCCACUCCUCCCAGUUCCCACGGCAGCGACUCGGAGGGCAGCCAGAGCCCCGUCCACGCCCCACCCAGCCUGUCCUGCCCCACCUCCCCCACCAGCCCCGCUCCAUCCCAGGGCAGCCUGAAGGUGUCUCCUCGCGGCCCCUCCUCCCUCUCCAACUCGCCUCUGCUCACCGCUCCUCAUAAACUGCAAGGUUCGGGCCCGCUGAUCCUAACUGAGGAGGAGCGUCGCACCCUGGUGGCCGAAGGUUACCCAGUUCCCACCAAACUGCCCCUCACCAAAGCCGAGGAGAAGGCUCUGAAAAAGAUCCGCAGGAAGAUCAAAAAUAAGAUCUCAGCUCAAGAGAGUCGCAGGAAGAAGAAAGAGUACAUGGACGCUCUGGAGAAGAAGGUGGAGACGUGCUCCAACGAAAACAGCGAACUACGCAGGAAAGUGGAAACUCUUGAGUGCACAAACAAGUCUCUGCUGCAGCAGCUGCAGUCUCUACAGGCGGUGGUGGCAGGCAAAGUCCCCAAGUCCUGCAGGGUGGCUGGCACCCAGACGUCAUCAUGCUUAAUGGUGGUUGUGUUGUGUUUUGCUCUGUUUUUGGGAAGUUUUUACCCCAGCAGUCUGACACCUUGCUCCACCAUCGCCGAAACUGGCCAAACCUCCAAACAGCUGGCCAUCAAAGAGUCCUACACAACCACAGUUAAAUCGAGAAGUCUGUUAUCAACCUUUGAAGACGAGCAGCCGCACCUCCUCGGGCUGGGCGGAGAAUAUCCCGAACAGUGGGAGGACACGCCUGCUCUCGUCAUGGCGGCGUGGCGUCGCUCAGAGCAACAGAAACUCGGGGAGGAGCCAAGCCGGGUGGAGACACACCCACCCUUCAGGAGUAAAAACAACGAUACGCAGACAUCAGAAAACCUGCUGCUGGACCUGCACAGGUCUCUGGAGCAGCUGACGAACGAGAGCAGUAGUAAAGUGAUAGAGCUGGAGCGAACGGUCAAUGAGACCUCCUGAGGCUCACGUCACCCCUUAAACCUUACCUUCACCCCUUCAACCCUGUGAUGACCUUUGACCUCCCCCCUCUCUCCCUCCCUCUCUCUCUCUCUAGAGCAUGGUUCAGUGUCCUGGAGCAAACCUCAUAUUUCCCACUGUUGAUUGUUUUAGGUCAUUUUUUUCCUUUUCUUCCAUCUUUACUCAAUCAGAAACACUGUAAUAGUAAGAAAUAUUAAUAAUUAUUAUAAUUAUAAUAUCAGGGCACUGGCUGUCCUUAAUUUCUGAAGUAAAGUUGCACUGAAUAGUUUUCUACAAAUUACACAUUUUAGUUAUCUGUUGUCGUAAUUGACCCACCAUCAAAUCGAUCUAGUGAAUAAUGUUAUGUGGCAUUUAUUCCAGUUUAUUAAAGUUUAUUAAAAAAUAUGACAUGUGAGGCUUUUUACAGGACACUGACGAGAAACUCUAUAUUUAUAGAAACUUUUUGUUGUCUUUGUAGUUGUAUUUCUUUUUAAUAUUAAGUGUUUUUAUUCCAUUCCAGUAAUGCAUACAUCCCAUUUUGAUACUUGUUUGUGUCCAUACUGUAUUUUGUGUUUUUAUUUUAUUGUUACUCUUUUAUAUAUAUAUAUAUUGUUAAUAUUUUUUCUUUGUCUGCCUUUUUGGUGUGUGUCUUGCGUUUGUGGCUUAGCUCGGGGUUCCUGCACUUUGUUUGGAAAAAUCUGAGAUAAAUGACAAUUUGUAGAUUUUAAAAAGUUCAUAAAUUGGCUGCAAAACGAAUGAAAAUGUGUCUUGAAAGUGUUUCAUGUAGCUGGAGAGUGAAUAUCAUCUUGCACAGGACAUUUUAUAGAUGUUCUGACUGAUCUCCAGCUGCAGCUACGCUAAAAAAACAAAAUAAAAGCUUGUAAAUACUGAAAUACUCAAAUACGAGCAUCUGCAAAAAAAAGAGCAAAGUGUGGAUUUUUAUAUUUGCCAUGUGCGGACCCUGUUAGCUAUGCUUCAGACAUUUUUUUGACUUAUUUCUGUCUGCAUGAUGUCACUGUGUGCAAGUCAGGAGUCAAAUAUUUGAGACUUAUAGUGUCCUGCAAAACUAUUUGGUGACUACUUAAUUGUAGUCACCAAAAAAACAUGUUAAUUGGCUUCAUUUACAAGGUUGGACAACUGUUGGACCAGUUUGAUGGAUGCAGUUAAGCAGCAGACUUGCACCUCAGAAUGACUAUAACACAUCCCGUAGUGUUGCUUUUAUUUAAAGGGAUAGUUUGACAUUUUGAGACGUGUGCUUUCUUCUCCAGAUGUAUGCUGAAUGUGAAGCUGGUAUGUUAGCUUAGCGUAAAAACAAGUGGAAACAUGUGGAAACAGCUAGCUUGGCUCAGUCCAAAGGUUGAAAAAAACACCAAUCAUGAUUUUUAAAGCUCUCAAAUUUACUCUUUAUUUAUGUAUUAUUUGUUUAAUUUGUACAAAAACAACAGCAUGAGGCUGUGAGUUGGAAGUCACUGCUCCAAGGCUAAGAAAUAGUCUUCCACAUAACUCCUCUGUAAAACCACAAUUUAGCAGUUUUACUCUUUUUGUACAGAUAAAACAAACGAGAUACAAAGUGUUGAUUCAUCACUGAGCUUCAUAUCUGCUGGUAGGUGGAUUUUUGUUUCCUCUGGACUGAGUCAGGCUACUUGUCUCCCUCUGUUUGCAGUCUUAUGCUAAGCUAAGCUAACAAGCUAAGCUAAGCUAACAAUCAGUUUGCUGUAGCUUCACAUUUACUGGUAUCAAUCUUUUUUUUAUGUAAUCAUCGGCAAGAAAGCAAAUAUGUCAAAACUCUUCUUGAAUGGUUUGAUCGUUCCAUACAAUUUCAGUCUCCGCACUAAACUUUAAAGGCCUUUUUUUUUCUUUUGUAAAUCUUGAGAUGCUUUUGCCUUGCACACUUUCACUUUUUGUCAGCUUUGAGAGUCUUUAUCUUUAUCUAUCUUUUGUCAGCAUUUGCCAAAAAACAAAAUUUCUUCCCAGAAAUGAUUAAAAAAAAAAGAAUAUCUAUAUUUUUGUAAAUAUGAGUUGUUAAUAAAUAAGAAAGUCUAAAAAUGUGUCUGUAGUUUAUAAAAAAACAAUCGUUGUUUGAUAAAUUAUGAACGUACGACGCCUCGGCCUCACAGCUCGCUGUUUGGUUUAGUUUGUUAAAUUACAGAUCAUGGCUUUAAAUGUCUUAACUGUCCAUUUCCAUCACAGAUUUAAAGAUGAGUUUUUUUUAAAUGUCUGAGCUUUGAUGAAAUAUGCUCUUUCAUGUUUGUUACAGAAAUCUUUGACUCUGUAUAUUCAUGUAAAUAGAAACAGUCACAAAUAUGAUGAACAUUCAGUAAUAUCCACUGAUUUAAUGAAACUUAAUGAAGCCCAGAGAAGCUGAGGUUGAAUCAAAUUGUCAAUUAAACUCAGUCCUAGCCCAGUUUAGAGGCUAGAAAAUGAGAUUUGUAAGCUUAUAUGUCAAAGUCUCAUAUUUUAAGUGUUGUAGAUCAGUGGCUUUUUUAAUGGUCAAAGAUUUGUUGUCAGAUAUGUUGUUUUAUUGCAUUGAGGAAGUCUCCAUCAUGUCUUAGUGCUGAUAAGUCAAAACUACGUUACAUUCCUCACUGCUGGCAAGAAAUCAUGGGAAACACCCAGUUUCACACAACAGUUUUGAUUUUUAUCUUUAAAUUUCUGUGGAAUUAAUAAAAAAAAACCUCUGCUCUAGUUUAGACUUGAAAGUAUAGCAGCCAGUUUUUUUUCUUCUUCUUCCAAAAUCAGACUUAAUUUCAACGUUGCUCUUGUGUAAAGCCGGUCUGAUCUCGGCUUCCUGUCUCUUUGUUGUUGUUGUUGUUGUUGUUGUUGUUGCUUUCAAAUGAAUAAAGU